ACAGCAGCAACAACGAACACACUAAAUAUCCUGAUUAGUAAAACAAAUUCCGUGUGGACACCACCGGCACCGUUUUCCGGCGUAGUCGACUGUGGCGUCAUCGCAUCGCAUCGCACCGCCUCAUCUGACCCGCUGCUGACUGCACAACGCAAAAGUGCAGUGCAAGCGCCGCUUUCUCUCUUCAACACACCUUUCUACCUACUGCCUAUCAUCACAUCAUGGCGAUCUCAUCGAAUCACCUACUCCUCGUCGCGAUCGCGAUUCUGGUGUUGUUACCUAGUGCUGAAGCCUUCGGAGCGGGGAAUAUCGCGUCUAUCUCGAAGAUCGAGGGCAAGAACUGGCGCCAUGGAGAUAUCGAGGAUAUGCUCGCAACGGUCGCAUGCCUUCAAGGUCAUAAAUGGAAGGCUACGAUGAUCAAGCGUGUGUACUUUGGCAACUGGCUACGAGAUUACUCACAGGCUGUCGAUGUUGGAACGGUAGCGAAAGUCCAAAGCGAAACCAUUCGUCUGCUUGUCUGGAUAUUGUCAUUCAUGUCCUUUGGAUAUGCGACUGGCGAAUUCGAAGUGACUGCUGAGAGGCUUGGUGUAUAUCGACCUGAAGAGCACAUCGACAACCCUAAAGAUUAUGCUGAUGGCCAAGACGCUCGAAAGUUUGACCCCCGACUACGAAGCCCGGUGUUAGAUAUUGAACUGGCUGUGGAUCCUAACACAGGUAUGAAGAACUACAUUGCCAACGAGCAAGGUGGGUGGUCGACCUCAACAGGAUAUGCGAAAUAUUCCUUUGCACGAGCGAUCCACUUUGGAAGACUCUAUACUCACGGCCCAUCUGGUCAACGUGGGCGAGAAGAAGAUCUUUCAGAGGCACUUCGUUGUCUAGGUCAGGGCCUACACUGUCUCGAGGACUACGGAGCUCACACGAACUACACUGAACUCGUACUACGUGAACUCGGAUAUACAAACGUGUUCCCGCACGUUGGUACCCAGACUGCGAUCAACCUCCGUGGUCAACACGUGUUUCCACUUGUGACGGGUACUUUUGGAGGCGUCGAUUUCUUCCACUCGGUUCUCGGAGAAGCGACAGACCACAUCACUUCUGCUGAAAUCGACCAGAUGGACACUACACUAUCAGAUGCUUUGAUGACCAACAAGAAAGGUGGUGGAGACACUUGUACUGCGCUUACAGACGCCCUCAAAAAGAUCCCUGGAACUGGCGGUCUUAUUCAACAAGCCCAGUCCCUACAGGCUGCAUCAGAUGCUCAGGCUGCUUCCAACACUCAACAUGGUCUUCGCUCUGGAGGCCCUGCAUUCGAUGCACCUCCAGGGUUUACGAAUGGCCCUCCAGGCCCAGACAUCCCAGGGACAAACACGGACCCAGCAACCAUCAUUCCUAAGAUCUAUCCUAUUCUAGUCUUCAGAGAUAAUGUCGUUCGUAGCAUCUCAGCUAUUGUAUCCAAGAUUCCUGGAUUGGAAAAGGCCAUCGAGAGUAUUACAGAGCGCGUCACACUCUUUGUGAUGUCGCUGCUUGCUCCAUUCGUCUUACCUGUUAUCAAGACAGCGUCAGCGCAACUCAAGAGUGGAUCUUCCGCUGUUGUUGAGGCAGCCGCAAAGCAUCAGUUUGACGUUUGGACGAACCCGAUGUCUACCGACCCAACCCACUCCAUGCUCUCCAAGGACCAUUUCUCGAACAUUUUGAACGAGCCGGCGGGCCAGGUCGCCGUGGCUAUUCUGCAGUACGUCGCCCCUCGUGUCAUAUAUGCGUGGGACCAUCCAGAUGUUCCUGUUGACCAGGUCCUGGACGACUGUAUGCGUGUCUUUCACCAUCCAGCAUUGCGAGACCCACGUUGUGAAGUGCACAACACAAUGUUCGAGGUGGUUAAGAAGUGGGCACACAAUUACCAUGGCAAGGACCUUAACGACGUUCUAAGCUCCGACUCUGUAAAAGCGGGUAGGAACCACAGUGGCAGCAAUGACCAUUCACAUGGCGCGCACGCCCAUGGGGCUGCGAACGCGCAGUCGUUCCAAGGCGGCGGAAAUUACGGCGGUCAAGGAGGUGGAAACCAACACUCCAGUUCCAACAGUGGAGGCGGCCUCUUCGGCAGUCUGGGCAACGUCAUCAGCCCUGCCUUGAACAAGUUCAGUACAUCGCGGGAUGACGUUGGGUUAGAUCCUUCUUCAUCUAGCGUACCAUAUCAACCUUCACACUCUCCUCAACCCGCACAGUGGGGAUCGUUCCAGCCCUACCAGUCCUCAUACGCUGGGGAAGGGUACCAAGCGCCUGCGGAACACAACACCGCUGCUCCUGCUGGUGGUUAUGGAUGGGGUCAAGGUCAGUACUCGGGUGGCCAAGGCGAUGCCCCUGCAUAUAGUGUUCCGACUGCGUACCAGCAAGGAUACGAAGGCUACGGUACGGGACCUGGAGGGUACGAGCAGCCGCCACAUCAACAGCCUCCAGCUGGCGGGUACAGCACGUAUGAUCAGGGUUCUUCUGGAGGUAGCGGGCGACAAUGGGGUGCCGGAGGUGGAAACUCGGGGUGGUAAACGCUCUUCCAGGAUGCGAGCUGGCGUCUAAGGGAGGGGCGCAUGAUAGUUUGCUGCAAGACGGAUAUUGCCAGAACAGCAAUCAGUAUGUGAACAUGAGGUAUAAGUAAUACAUAAUUCGUAUUACUGUCUCCAUUUCAGUCUCUUCAGAACAGUGAAAAUUCUCGAACUUUCGUCGAAGCCAACCGUCGAC